AGUCCUGUCAGAAAGACAAACAUACAGUACCACAAAAUACAUUCACAGAUGAGACCAAACUUUUUCAUGAAAAAAAUGAAACCUCGACACAUAUCUCUCAUUUUGUUCCUCCUCUUGUGUUCACCGUGGCCAAGUGCUGGAACAACUUUCUUGACACAUCUUGGAACGCGGUGUAUAGAAGACUGCCAGCCUGAUGGUGGCGAGUACAAGUGCAAGACUAUUGAUAAAGAUGGAAAAUGCCAGACAAUGUACUGUUCACCUGGGGAAAACAUUGACUACUGGGGAAGGCAGUGCAGAACUGACAGUAUGUGUGGGAAGCAUGGAGAAGACUACUACUGGUGCAAAACUCAUACAUUUUCUUGGGGAUACUGUGGACUGGUGAUGGAGGACAAGAACCAUUAUGGAUAUAAGACAGGUGCGCUGUGUUAUGACCACUGUGACCAAAGAAAUGAAGACUACCUUUGGUGCAAUACUGCAGAAGGAUGGGACUAUUGCUCGCCAUCUGAAAACGUAAACUACAUGAACAAGAACUGUAAUGAAGACAAUCCAUGUGGGAAGCAUGGUAAGGACUACUACUGGUGCUGGCUGAAGGAGGGAAGCUGGGGUUACUGUGGGCUUGUGGAACCAAAGAUGUUGCUCCACCGGUCUAAAUAUCAUUAUGUUUGCACGGACGACUGCCAGUAUCAUGAGAGUGGUGAUUACUACUGGUGCCACACUGCCAAAGACUGGGACUACUGCUCUCCAGAUGUAAAUGUAACCUAUAAAGACAAGCCCUGCCGUUCAGACCACUACUGUGGCUUACAUGGUUCUGGCUACAACUGGUGCUGGACCUCAGAGUCAGAAUAUGAUUACUGCGGGCCCAUUGAAUCUGCAGAGUGCACUUACAUCACCUCUCAUCAUCGCAACAGGAGAGCCCCAGAAGACAGAAUACUGAUAUGCAUCCGGGAAGACAAGCAUAACAAGAGAAAAACUAUCUUUACUGCGGAGCCAGCUACUGAUAGCAUAACUGAUAACCGAAGAUGGAGAAAUGAAGCAAGCAACCUAAUCAGUCGCUGGAACAAUGGGUACCUGGUGGACCAGGCACGUUCCAAUCUGAUCACCUCUGAUAAUCUCCGUAUCGACAUGCAGGGCCUCAUCAUCCGCAACAAUCAGCGCUACUACAACCUGCAGAUCCAGGUGAACGUGAAUCGGGGGCCUGGUCGAAGCACCACUGUGUCUCAGAUCAUCAUACCUGAUGGAGUUCCAGACCGCUACAUCCGCAGAGCCUUCUUGGAGAGCUUCAGGCGCCGAGCUCGAGUUUUUGUUGACGUUUCAAUGCAAAGUCACUGUUAG